AUGAAGCCCGACGCUAAUGUUGCCGCCAAGCCGAACGGCGCCGUCACCAGCAAAGAGCCGACGGCCACAGCAGUGGACGGCAUGCAAGCUGUCAUCCUCUCGCAGCCCAGCACGGCUGUGUCCUCGUCGCUCCCCAAGGGCGAGCGCAGCCUGAUGCCCGCCGUCGCGCUGCUCACCACAUUCGUCGGUUUAGUGUGCGCGGGGACCUUGGCAUACGCCCUACUGCGACCGACGCCACAGGUGGUGCAGCGUUACUGCGACAGCGACGACUGCUUCCAGCACGCGUACAUGCUCGUCUUGGACCUCAACCGGAGCGCCGACCCGUGCGCCGACUUUGGCGAGUACGUGUGCAGUGCCUGGCCCACCACGUCCAUCUAUUCGUUCAACACGCAGCAGGACCGCUGGCACAAAUGGAUCCAGGAGUCGGCUCAACUUCUGGGCUCACUGCGCGUGCGCCGCGGGAACAAAGCCAUCGCUAAAGCUCUUCAGCUCUUCCGCCUCUGCCUCAAGAUGGAUGCCGUGGCGUUGCAGGACAACUUCAGGCUCCUGCAGCAGUUCGUGAGCGAUAGGAAGCUUGUGGCUCCCGCAGAUGGAACCCCGUCCGCAGCGCAUCAGCCUGGCGUGCACCCGCUCGACGUCCUGCUCGACCUGGCCAUCAAUUGGCAGAUGCCCUUCUGGUUCGACGUGCGCUUUCUCAGGACAAACGGCAGUCACCUGGGCAUCCUCAUCAGGCCUGGUCAUUACGAGGUCUUCUGGGAAAUAGCCGUGGAGAAGUUUAUCAUGGAACCACUCGGCACUCAGUACGAGGACGGCGGAGACGCGCCGAGAGCUAGCAUCACCAACGCCACCAGCAGCUUCUUCGUGGACAGCGCCAUACUAUCGGAGCUGAGAAACGUCGCCAGUGGCCCACCAAAAUCACAGCCCGUAGCGGUUCGCAUCAAGGAAAUUUCCAGCGUAACGCCGAGCGUGACGUCCGAGCAGUGGCUCGAAUUUCUGCGCAAGCAUUUGGCGCCGACCUUCGUGGUGACCGGCGAAGAUCAGAUUUUGCUGCAGGACGAGGAAUUACUGGUUACAGUCAAUAGACUACUCGAGAAAUACGAACACGAACAUAUCCUGACCCACAUAGCCCGCCUAGUGAACAGGACUUUCGGGAACGUCUUUAGCAAGAGGCUACAGAGCUUGCCUUACGACGACGUUGCUUCCCUCUCGCCUCUGACGAACGUCAGUUACGCUUGCGAAGUUCAGGUUGAAGACACGUUCAGACUGCCGAUCGCUACACAACGCAUCGCAAAGAGAAAACUGAAUCUUUACCGUGCCGCCAUUGACGACCUCCUCGGUGACGUCAUGAGAGCCACCAUCUCGCUCUUGCGCUCCAGCACCUGGAUGGACGCCGAGUCGAAGCAAGCGGCCAUCAAGAGGAUACAGGACACGACCAUUCAGCUCUGGCCUCGCGAGCAACUGAUACACGACGAGGACGCUUUGUAUAGUCUGUACGAGAAAUUUCCCUCGGGCAGCAAGAUCUACUUCGACGAGCUGCUUCUGGUUCGGAAAGCCACGCGGGCGGUGCUGGGAACGCCCGCGUACGCGGACAUCAUGUGGAUGCCUCACGGUGGUCGGGACCCGUACUUUGCCUACGACGCCUUCAGCAACUCCAUUCACUUGGCAAUGGGUGCCGUCAUGCCUUCGCUAUUUUACGCCAGCGCCACCAAGAGCAUCAACUACGCAGGCGCGGCGGCUCUACUCGCGCCGCUGGUCGUGAGUGUGCUGAACGCGUCCUCGGUGGCGCUGGACGCGAAUGGAUGGACGGUGAAGCGCGGCGAGCCGUUCCCGGCGCGGCCUCCGUGCAGCGCCGACGUCGGCGACCGCAGCGCUUAUCCGGAUGUCGCGGCCAUCGAAGUGGCCUACAGGGCCUACAAGGACAGCCUCGAACGCGACGGCCUGUCGUCCGACGUUCGAGUCCGCCCGUUCGAAGAGUUCACCGGCGAGCAGCUCUUCUUCAUGUCCGUCUGCCGUAACACGUGCCAGCUGCAGCGCGGCACCAAGACGUCCAAGACGUGCAAUGCGGCGCUGCGAGACUUCGAGCCUUUCGCCGCCGCUUUCGGAUGUCCCAAAGGCUCGUUCAUGAAUCCGGACAAGAAGUGCGGCUUUUUUCAUUAG